AUGUCGAUUUGUUUGAGCAAAUAUGAUUUGAUUUAUCCAAAUAUUAUUAUUGAAAAUAUUCAACAAAUUUUGGAAAAUCAUGAAGAAUAUUUGAGAAAUGCAAAAAGAGUUCAGAAAAAGUUGGAAAGUGAUUUCGCAGUUCGAGAAAAAUUUGUGCGAAAUUUCAAAUUUGCUGCCGAAUUUGGGAAAAUGGAUUUGGACUUGCCAGAAAUCCCAACAUUUCAGUAUUAUUUUUUGGAUUUUUUGUUGGUUUUGAUCAUUUUUGUGAGCUGUUUCAUUUUGGGAGUAGUUUUGGUCUUUCGGAAAAUCAAGAAAUUGAAGUUGAAAAUUGACUAAUUUUUCUGUGUGAAUAAAUUUUUCGUGUUUCAAAAGUGUUUACCAUUUUGCAAAAUGGUGUGUUUUGCACCAAACUUUGCUGAAAAAUUCUGUGGCUUUAAAGCUCAUUAAGAACUCAAAAUGACCAGUUUCUGAAUUAGGAUACGUUUUCAGCAGCGUAGUCGAAUUGAUAGGUUAGUGGUCAUUGGUUAUACACGCCAUCAAACAGUAUUCAAAAUGUUCAAAUUUUAUGAAAAUUUUGAAACGUAUAAUUUUUGGGUUGAAAAACCUACGGGAAAUAUUUUUUUUACCUUAUCCAAAAAUUAAGAAAUUCAAAACUAAAUAAAUUUUAACUGACGUAAACUAAAGAAAAAUUUAAUUAAUUAAAAUAAAAUCUGAUUUCAUAAAGUUUUUUGGCCCUUUUUGACACCCUGGUGUGAUAAAAUGAUACGCGUGUUUCCUGGGUAAAUCCAAAUAGUGUGACCGAGCGGCGAAGAGAUACUGUAGUUAGGAAACUGGGAAAAUUUGGGUCAACCGGAAAAUCUAUUCUGUCACAUAUUUUUGGGAAGAUGUGGAUUACUGUAAUUUGAUUGAAAAAUUAAUUAGGAAAGUUUUUUUUCAAGAAAUUUUCAUUUUUUCGAAAAAGAAAAUUGAUAAUUUCCUGAUAUUUUGUUUUAUUCACAUUUUUCGAGUCAAUUUUUAUUUGAAAAUUACAACUUGGAACUUACGUGAAAUGUUUCCAGUAAAUUAUACGUUUCAGAAUUUUUAUAAUAUUUUUCGGCUUCUUCCAAUUUUUUGAUAGUCGGUUAAUCUUGGAGAAGACUCAAAGCAUGAAAUUUUCAGAAAUAAAAUUCAUUCUGAAAAAAUUUUUAAGCUCUUAUUGCCUCACUUCAAGCACGAUUCAAAUCUAAAUUUCUCAUUUUCUCAAAACACUACAGUAACCCGCAUGUUCCCAAAAAUAAAAGAAGAUAUUUUCCCAGUUUCACACCUUGGUGUGAAAAAGGAUCAACGUUGGUCGACACGGGCGGCACGGCCCCCAACACCUGUUGUCCUGGGUCAACACGCGUCUUUAUAACAACAUCUGGUGUGAAAAGGGGGCGUGGCUUGCAGGUGGGCGGGGCCAAAAGUAGCAAGGGGGCCGAGAUGACUAUAAAAGCUCGAAUCACUUUGUCAUUUUUUGUGCUUCUUAUGAUAUCUUAACUAGAUUUAUGUCUAGGCUUUAUUUUUCAAUUUGAAUUUUUUAUUUUUAUUUUUUCUCGAUCUCUUAUAAUUAAUUUUUUCUUGAACUUUUGAAAUGUGUUAAAUAAUUUCCAUAAAUCUCUAUAACUUCCAAAUAUUUUCUGAAAUAUCUCUAUUAUUUUUCGUUAAGCUUUUUCCGCAAAUUUCAUUUUCCCUUCAAUCAAAUUAUUUCUUCCAGAAAACUCACCUCAAAAUGUCCUGCCAAAUCUCCAAAUCAUUGAAACGCCCAUCUCAAGACUCCUCCUUCAAUCCAAAUGCAAAACAAAUCAAAUUGUCAAAAGAAGAAUCGGAUAAUAUUUUUGCAAUUGCAAUGAGUGGAAAUUCGAUAUCAACUGGAGCUGCAAUGAACAUCGAUUAUUCAAAAUAUAAAGUAAGUUCUUCUAGAAAAUCUUUUUUUUAAAACAAAAUUUAAUUUUUUUCUAAUUUCAGAUUUCGAAAAAGACACCAUCUCCAACACCUUCAACUCGAAGUCCAAUUUCUGAUUCUACACCGUCAACAAGCUCGGGCUCAUCUUCAGUUAGCCCAACUUCAGCAAGUUCAAUCAAAUUCAAUGCUCCAGAAGCGCCAAAAGUUGACGAAAAUAUGGUUACAAGAAGAAAUGAGCGACAAAAAGUGUUUGCUGGAAGAAGAAAACAACAAGUUUUGGCUGAAAAUUCGAGAAAAAUCAAUAUUCGAGAUGGAAAUAUCAAUAGUCAAAUUUCUUAUCAAGAAUUGAAGCCUGAAUUGAUCAAAUUGAAUUUGGAGGAUUUGCGAAAAGUUCUCUUUAAAAAUCCACAUUUGGCAAAGGAUUCUGAUGAAUUAUUCUUGAAUUUUAUCAAGAAAGACUUCCCGAAACAAGCGAAUCAGGAAAAUAAAAAGGACUUGACAUGGAGACAAUUAUUGGAAAAGUGAGUUUCUCUAUCUAUUUUUCUUCAAAAAAAAAUUUGAAUUUUUUGCAGACUUUCAAUUCGUAAAAAGCAAAAGGAAAAUGAGAAAUUGGAAAUGUUGACUAAACGAAUUGCCAAAACUCAUCAACAAAAUGACAAAGAGCAAAGAAAGACUGUAAGUUUUUUUUGAAAAAUCUUCCAAAUUCAAAAAUAUAAUACCUUUUUUGUAGAUUGUUAUCGGUUUUUCUGAGGCGAAACCUCGUCGUGGUCCAACUAAAACUGUUCAAAACCCACCAAAAGCUCCAACAAUGGAACAAAAAUCGGAGCCUCGAACAUCUGCCAAACCUCAACCAAAACCAGCUCCAGUUACAACUGCUCCAAUUGCUCCAAUUUCCCGCCAAGCUCCAUCUAAAAAACCCGCCAAAAAACACCACUUAUGGCGAAAGUUAUUAGAAUGCUCAAAAGAUAAUUUAUAA